AGGACGCCACCUCUUGCUCCUGCGUUUGCAGGCGGCGGCGGGCGGCGGGGCUUCUCGCUCCGGCAGCGGCGGCGACAGCGGUGGCGGCUUCCGGAGUCCCGCCGCGAAGAUGCUCAAAGUCACGGUGCCCUCGUGCUCCGCCUCGUCCUGCUCUUCGGUCACCGCCAGUGUGGCCCCGGGAGCCGGGAGCCUCAUCCCGGAUUAUUGGAUCGAAGGUUCCAACAGGGAUGCUUUGAGCGAUUUCUUCGAGGUGGAGUCGGAGCUGGGACGGGGUGCUACAUCCAUUGUGUACAGAUGCAAACAGAAGGGGACCCAGAAGCCUUAUGCUCUCAAAGUGUUAAAGAAAACAGUGGACAAAAAAAUCGUAAGAACUGAGAUAGGAGUUCUUCUUCGCCUCUCACAUCCAAACAUUAUAAAACUUAAAGAGAUAUUUGAAACCCCUACAGAAAUCAGUCUGGUCCUGGAACUUGUCACAGGAGGAGAGCUGUUUGACAGGAUUGUGGAAAAAGGAUAUUAUAGUGAACGAGAUGCUGCAGAUGCUGUUAAACAAAUCCUGGAGGCUGUUGCUUACCUACAUGAAAAUGGGAUUGUCCAUCGUGAUCUCAAACCAGAGAAUCUUCUCUAUGCAACGCCAGCCCCAGAUGCACCACUCAAAAUCGCUGAUUUUGGACUCUCCAAAAUUGUGGAACAUCAAGUGCUCAUGAAGACUGUGUGUGGAACCCCAGGGUACUGCGCACCUGAAAUCCUUAGAGGCUGUGCCUAUGGACCUGAGGUGGACAUGUGGUCUGUCGGAAUAAUCACCUACAUCUUACUUUGUGGAUUUGAACCAUUCUAUGAUGAAAGAGGUGAUCAGUUCAUGUUCAGGAGAAUUCUGAAUUGUGAAUACUACUUUAUCUCCCCCUGGUGGGAUGAAGUAUCUCUAAAUGCCAAGGACUUGGUUAGAAAAUUAAUUGUUUUGGAUCCUAAGAAACGACUGACUACUUUCCAAGCUCUCCAGCACCCAUGGGUCACAGGUAAAGCAGCUAAUUUUGUACACAUGGAUACUGCUCAAAAGAAGCUCCAAGAAUUCAAUGCCCGGCGCAAGCUUAAGGCAGCAGUGAAGGCCGUGGUGGCCUCUUCCCGGCUGGGAAGUGCCAGCAGCAGCCACGGCAGCAUCCAGGAGAGCCAGAAGGCCGGCCAGUCACCGUCAUCGAUUCAGGAUGGCAGUGAAGGUGUUAAAUCUGUUUCGGAAGGAGAGGAAGUUCAAGGAGAUGGGGCACAAGUGGCCGUUGAGGGGUCAGAGGCCGAGCUGAUGAAGGUACAGGCCAUGAAAGAAAUUAAAGAUGCUGAUUUAAAUGCUGCCAAGGCCACCAACGCAGAGCCCAAGGCACUAGAAGAUGGGACAAAGGCGGCUGACCUGGAAAUAGAGGAGGGCCUCGCAGAGGAGAGGCUGAAGAUGGUGGAAGAAGCAGCAGCCCCCAAACAAGGGCAGGAAAACCCAGCUGUGGUAUUUGGAGCCCAGCAGAAAGAUGCAAUCCUGCCAGAGUACUGAUUCGGCUUCUUUCCAAUCUGGAGGCCAAAUUCAGGCACUUUGUACGUUUUGUCCUUCAGCAAGGAAGGUGUGGAAGCAUGAUCUGCAUUAUAGUGAUUCUGUUUUUUGAGGUGCAAAAAAAUACAUAUAUAUCAGUUGGUAAUCCUAACUUCAUGCAUGUGACUGCUUUAUGAAAAAAAAUAGUGUCUUCUGUGGUAUGUAAUGGAUACCUAAUGCCGAUGACUUAAAUUUGAAAUUGCGAGUAAACAACACAACAUUUAAAAACACACAUUUUCAGGGACCAGUAGCACACAUUUGAAGUAAUACA